AUGGCAGCUUAUGCAGCUCUGGUUUCUCUCUUGAACACCAUUCAGCAGAUGAUGACCCAUCCUACCCUUUCCACUUCUUUCCACAACAUUCAGAUCCAAUCUCUUCAGGAGAAGGCUGCUUUGUUGCUUGAUUUCAUUGAGACCUAUAACUAUGUUGGUGGAGUUAGCCAAGAAGUACAAGAUCUAGAAAGCCUAAUCGCAUCUGCUGCUCAUACAGCUGAGGAUAUGAUUGAAUCACACAUCGUCAAUCAACUCCUUCCUCUUUCAGCUCAUGAUCGCGAAGCAGCUUUCAGUGUGUCACUCUAUCUACAGAAUAAAAUGGCAAUUGAAAAGAAAAUUACACAGGUAGCUGGAGAUGGAUGGUGGAUCAAUUUCAUGCAGAUCAUUAAGAAUCAAUUGGAGAGAAAAAAGUGGCAAUUGAAGAGAAAAAUGCACCAAGCAAACGUCAGCUGCUUGGACUAUCUGCCGCAGAUAAUUGAAGACAUGAAUGCUAUCAUCAAAAAGGCGAAUAAGUUGAAGGAGAAACAGAGAUUGAGAGAGGACCAACCACCCACACAUUCAACACCUCCUCUUAGUCUUACUCAGACCAGAGAAGAAAGUGCUAUGGUGGGAUUUGGUGAUGAGUUGAUUCAGCUUCUUGACGAGCUCACCGGUCAUCGAUCCAAUCUGCACAUCAUCUCAAUCGUCGGUAUGGGCGGCAUGGGUAAGACUACUCUUGCCAAAAAUAUUUAUGCUAAUCAACUCAUCAUCGAACACUUUGAUAUUCGUGCUUGGGCUACUGUAUCACAACAAUACAAUGCUCAACAAAUUCUACAACAACUUGUUUUGGGCCAAGGAAAAUCCUCCCAUAAAAGUGUAGAUGAAUUAGGAGGACAAUUGUAUAAAACUUUAUCUGGUAGGAGAUAUUUGAUCAUAUUAGACGACAUAUGGAGUGUCGAAGCUUGGGAUGAAGUGAGGUGUUUCUUUCCCGAUAAUGGAAGUGGAAGCCGGAUUCUUCUAACUACUAGGUUGUCAGAUGUGGCUAACGGUUGUGGAUCUUCUUGCUUUCCAAAGAAUCUUCUAAAUGGGAGUGAAAGUUGGGAAUUGUUAUGUAAGAAGGCAUUCCUAAAUGAAGAUUGUCCUAGUGAGCUUGUGGAAGUUGGGAGGGAGAUUGUUAUUAAUUAUGAGAAGCUCCAAAUCUCGAGCAUCAUCCAACUUUGGGUUGCUGAGGGAUUUUUGAAAUCAAAUGGAGGGCGGGUUUUGGAAGAGAUUGCAGAGGAUUACUUGAAGGAACUUAUUAAUAGAAAUAUGAUAUUAGUUGAGAAGCGAAGUAAAAAUGGGAAGAUGAAAAGUUGUGAUAUUCAUGAUCUUUUAAGAGAUUUAUGCUUAAAAGUAGCUGAGCAACAAGGGCUUUUUCAUGUAAUCAAUGGAGGCCCUAUAAAAGGCACAGAACGCCGCCUCGUAUAUGAUAAUGCUCAUUGGUGGAGGGAAAAGGCUAAACCCUCACUUGCACGCUCUAUCGUGGGAUAUGUGUUUGACAAGAAGGACUUAUAUAAACAUAGAUUGCUGAGAAUUUUGGAUGCAGAACGUUACAUAGCAGUGCGCCAGGACGUGUUUAAGCUUCCUAGUUCAAUAUCCUUGGUAUGGAAUCUGCAUGCUUUGAUCAUUAAGAGUUCUUUAUCGAGUCUGAAUCCUUCUAGAGUUGUUGCACCAAUUGAAAUUUGGAAGAUGCGACGACUUAGGCAUAUCCAGUGUCCUGAAAUUUAUCUUCCUCAACCGGACGGACAAGAUGAGUUGGAAAAUCUUCAGACGCUUGGGAAUGCAGUGAAUUUGAGGUUGAGUGAGGAUUUGUGCAACAUCAGUCCCAACAUCAAGAUACUGCAUCUAGUUUAUGAUCGUAAGUUGCAAGGAUGGGAUGAUAGUUUGAUGGAGUGUUUGUGUAAUCUUGAUCGCUUGCAUAAACUUGAAUCACUCAAAUUGGAAGCCGGAUUUAGGUGGAGGCGGAUGUAUUCUAAGCUGAAUGAGAUAGUCUCAUUUCCGAGAUGGCUAAACAAGUUGAGGUUGAGUAAUUUCAUAUUUGAAUGGGAUGAUCUGACCAUGAUUGGUUCGCUGCCCACACUGGAAGUUCUCGAGGUAGAGAAUAACUGGAAUUGCAGCACGUGGAGUCCUGUUGAUGGGCAAUUUCAACGCCUCAAGUUCUUGAAAAUUGAAGGCAGUAAUCUGAGAUGUUGGAAUGCAGAUAGUUGUCAUUUCCCAAUUCUGGAGAACCUUCUUCUUGUUGAUCUAUAUGAGUUGGAAGAGAUCCCAUGGGGUAUUGGUGAGAUACCAACACUCAAACUUAUUCAUCUGCAUCUCUGUAGUAACUCUGCCGCGAUUUCAGCUAUCAAAAUAAAAGAUGAGCAGCUCCAGUAUCAGGAAAAUGAUGAUGACCUUCAAAUCCAAAUUCGUGUCUCAUCAGCUAAACUGGAGAGCUUCAUGGCAGUGGUGGAAACAAAGGGCUUGACACUCGAUCAUGUUCAAUUUUAUCAGACUUACUAA